UAAAAAAUCUAAAAUAGAAGCUUAAAGUUUCUCGGAUUAACAUUCUUGCUAAUUAUAAAAUUAUUCUAAUAUUAUCAAAAAUAACGAAAUUUAAUACAUAAACUAAUAAGAAAUUGAAUAAUAAAAAAAACCUCAAACUGAAACUUGGGAAUAAGAUAAAGAAAAAAAAAAUUCGGAAUGUAAUAAUUUAAUGAGCGAUGAUUCUGAAGAACUUGAAAAACCUAAUUUUACAGAUGAUUCAUGUGGAAGCUAAUAAAAUAUAUUCUAAUAAUAAAAUAGAAAAAAUAAUUUAUUUUAAGUAUUUUAAUAAAUUGCCUUAUAAUAUAGUGAUUUUAAUAAAAUUAAAUAAUAAAAAAAAACUUCUACUAUAACCAAGAAUAAUAAGAAAAUUGUAAAAAAUAAAAUCAAAUAAAAUAAAAAAAAAAAUCCUCCUUAAAUUGAGUUAGUCUGCUUUUAAUAAAUCACUAAAAAAGGUAUACUUAAAGUUUAAAAGUUCCCUUGUUUUAAGGAUAAAGAAAUCUAUAAAAUUAAAUAAAAAAUUACUCUUCCUAAUAUUUAAUAAUAUUCAGAUGAUGAUAAAUGUAGUGGAGAUGAAUAAAUUGAAAGUGCAGCUAAUAGUGUAUGUAAAAACUUAUUCUAAGCUGUUUCUGAAUAUAAUCCUGAUUUCAAAUAAUUUCAACAAAAAUAAUUAAAUUUCAGAGAUUUAAAAAUAGAAUUAAGUGAUGAAGAUUAUUGAUAUGUAAAAUAUAAUUUUAAUGAGUUAUUUAUAUAUAUAUAAAUGUAUUUAUUUUUUUCUCCUUA